CAUCAAGACAAUAUCCUUCAAGUGCGGCAAGCUGACACGGCUGAAGGAAACUAUUUGAGCACGCUCAUCCAUGUUCCCAUCUUCUCCAUCUCACUUUUACCGUAUCCUAGGUCACCCCCGUCGGCUUCAAGUUUCACUCUCAUUCGUGUAUAUUUAGUAUCCAUUCCCAUAAUGGCCAGUAAUCAGUCCAACACGCCUCCGCCCACUCUCCAGAGGGGGAAAGCAUGCUUGCGUUGCAGAAAACGUAAAAUGAGAUGUGACGGGAGCAAGCCAGCCUGUCAACAAUGUGUUCGUGCAAAGCAGCCUGAUGGCUGUCAGUACGAUGAUGGAAAGGGAAAGACCAGAACUCAACUUCUCCGUGAACACAUCGAGCGCUUAGAACAGCGUAUACGAGAGCUCGAGGAUCCUGAGUACACCUCCCCAUCCGUAACUCUACAUGAUCCCCAUCAUCAUCGCCGUUCUGAAAGUUCUUCUUCUUCCCUCACUGGUUCACCUGCAAGCACAGGGUUUUCGAUUUCUCAGUCUUCUUUCCCUUCUGCAAGUAAUUCCCCUCAGACCUCUUGGAUACAGGGCAUCCCUUCCCCCUCGCCCACACCAUUUACGGAUAUCAUCUACCAUGAGGAACCACAACCAACAAUAGAGCUCGCUCAGACGCUCGUAGACAUCUUUUCUACACACUGUCGUCAGUCCCUCCUGGGUCUCCAUAUGGGUCGACUACGAGAAUCUUUCACCCGCCCUCUCAUGGAGCAGCAUCACCCUGUCCUCACGAAUGCCAUCUUUUUAUGGGCAUGUUAUAUCUCCAGGCCUGGUCCUCUUAGCCAGCACGAGUCUCAUUACUUGAAUCGAACCCUCGACUCCCUCAGCGAUGCCCUCCAAUACCAAAACAGAUUGCUCGAUGUGAUUCAGGCAUCAUGUCUUCUGUCUGUGUACUUCCUCUCAAAUGGAAGGGCACUAGAAGGCAGUUACCAUGCCAACGCUGCCGCAUCACUGGCUAUCCAAUGCGGCCUUCAUGGGGCGAUGAUGAACCAUUCAUCAUUUGAAACCACAGCCUCCAUUUCACCGUUUAAGCUUGACCCCCCCAAAGAUGCCAUCGAACAGGGCGAACGGAUAUUGACGUUUUGGCAAGUAUUCAUCCUGGAUCGGUGCUGGUCGGUGGUACUUCAGAAGCCAGUAACCAUUCCACAUGGUUCAGAUGGAUACGCCUCCAUCAUGAUCCCGUGGCCGCAAGAUAUGGAAGAGUAUGCAGCAGGUCAGAUCGAUGACUUGCACAGCUUCCACACUGUUCGGAGUUUCUUUGAACGUCAAGUCACAAACGUCCGCGGAGGGUUCUCCUCAGUAGCCCUUCGUGUCAAAGCAUCCGCUCUCUUCGAACGUGCGCACCACCUCGCUUCAACAUGGGACCAGCCUUUAGCCAUGUCAAGCGCGUUUACCGACGACUUUCAGACUUUAGAACACACGAUCGCACGCUUUAUCCCUACCCUCAUUCCAGUCCACCAACUGGAUGCUACUGUGCCUGACGAGAAACACGCCUACGUUGCGACACACACGCUAGCUCAUGCUGCGAUGAUACAUCUGUAUUACCCAUUCGGCGCUGAAGACCCUGUCUCGUACGAAAAGUGUCUUCGAGCUGCACGAUGUGUCGUAUCCAUCGUCAAACAUAUCGCUGACUCAGAUUACGAGUUCCUCGAUCCCAUUAUCGGCCCCUGCUGGACGUGCGCUGUGGACACGUUGAUUCGAGAACUCAACAUCAUCGAGUCUUCGUGGCCGCUCGUGAGCAGCUCGGAUAUCCGCAAUGAAAUCGGGACCAUGCUGUACGCCAUGAACAACCUUAGCGCGCGCUUCCCGCUGCUCGGAUAUUCCGUGGCCAAGGUACAAAAGCGACUAUCUGGUCUAUAACCCACUUAGCGACAGCGACUCUGCCUGAUGACCGUCAUCUGCGUGCAGACUUUUUUCCGAAAAAAAGAUCCUAAUCGACCUACGGACUCUUGGCCCCUUAUGACUUGGACGCACUAGUAUAUCGAAUGUUUUCGCCGCCUGGACUUUUC